AUGGAUCAUGAUGAAGACUACAAAUCACUUUUAAUCCGGAACGACUCGUCUGAUGCUAUUCUAACACUGUACGUGUAUCCCCAUUGGUGCUGCUGGAUCUCCAAGGAAUCGAAAAUAAUAUAUCCCAGCGACAAGUAUCUCUACCGUAGUAAGAAGAGAUUUCAGUUCGAGGUGGUUGCCAGAUUUGAUAAUCGGAAAGACAAGAAAAGCGAAGAUGAUAGCCAAACUGACAAAAAAGAUGAAGAAGACAAGUAAGACAAGCAAGACAAGCCAAAAAAGAAAAAACAGGUCCUCAGAGAAGUUCAACAAUGGAAGGAAGAUAAACUAUUGAAGAUAACUGGGUUUUUUGGUUCAGAGUCACUUGAUGUCGUUGAGGGAGAUCUUACCUAUUACCCUGAAGAUAAACAAAUAUGCCUUCGAAAACUACAGCGAGACAAAGAGCUUAAAGUAACUAGCGGAGGACGUAACCUGUAUGAGAUUUUAGGUCUUGACAUGGCCACGGUACGUAAAAUGUCAAAGGAAGAACAAAACGAAGCAAUCAGAAGAGGAUAUCGCACACAAAUACGUCGAUGGCAUCCUGAUAACAAUUGUGGAGAUGAAGAGAUCGCCAAAGAGAUCAUCAAGGCCUACAAGGUCUUAGAAGAUGAAGCUCUACGUGCGCGUUACAACAAUCUGGCUGACUACGACGGGGGUUGGCUUUCCUGGAGUCGUUACAAGGCAAUUUUCAAGCCCGAGUGCGUCAAUGAAGAACAGAAGAAGGCUUACAGAAAAAGAAUGGGCAUGUUUGCUGCGUCAGUUGCGAUGACAGCCAUAGGUAUUGGUGUGACUGUUGGCACCGCUGGAUUGGCAGCACCAGCGCUGGUAGCAGUUGGAGCGGUUUUUGGAGGUGGAUUUAUCGGAGGUGGAUUUCAAUCCUUGCAGCACACUUUAAAUCAGCGAGCCAUUGUAGACGAUUGUCUGUUUAAAGAAUGGCUGAUGAAAGCAGGGAUUGGCUUCCUUGGAGGAGCCGCUACUGGAGGUGCAGCUGCAGGCUUUACAGCAGCGAUAACCGGUCUUGGAAGCGCGGCUUUGGAGUCAGCUGCCAUCACUGCCGGUCAGUACAUAGGCGUUGGAGCAGCAACUGGUGCUACAGGUGGUGUUGCAGCUUCUAUUGCUUCAGAUGCAGGACGAAAGUUUGUUGAUGGUGAACAGAUCACUUGGAAGCAGGCUGUUGGACAUGCAGUGGUCGGCGGUGUAAUAGGUGCUGCUACAGGGAUCGCUGGAGGGGCCGUCACUAAAGCCAUUGUGGCAGGCCAAGCAUCUGCCGCAUCUGCCAUCUUGAAGGUGAGAUUGCUGAACAACUAG